UAAAAAGUAACAAAUGUUUUAAAUAAUAAUUAGAAAUAUUUAAGAUAGUCAUAAUUCAUCAAAGAGUAAGCACAUAAGAGAAAAGGGAAGCUGUAUGCAACUGUCAGUGCGUUAAAGUCUCGAGGAGUUGAAAUACAGGAGACAUUGAUAGCCGAUGAUAGCAACAUAAACAUGCACAUAAUACCACAUAAAACAUGUUUUUCUAUGCUCACCAUAAACGUUAAUCAGGAUGUUAAUGAUAUGGCCUGUAGGCGAGAAGUUGAAGAUAGUUGACAGGAUACGAGAUAGGGAACAGUUAGUCCAUGACAGUCGGAACACAAGGCACACGGCUCGAGCACCGUCGACUGAACAGUGUCAAAGCCCUCCCUGUUGCCAAGGCGACCCGAUCUUAACCGAAUAUGGCCGAUCUCUGGCGAAGAGCUCAGUCUUCAUUGAGAGCUGCCGGUAUUCAAAAGGGGGUUGGUUGUAAUGUUGAACUUUUAAAAUUAUGAUACUGAAAUAGUAAUAACACAAUUCAGAAUAGUUCACUUGUAAUUGAAUUCAGUGAUGUCAUAAUGUGGGAAGCAAAAGAUCGUAAUCGUAAUAAUUUGAACAUAAUAAAUAAUUAUUAUUAUAAAUAAAUUUAAUUGCCAG